UUUCUGUACCAUAAGAUGAGUUUCAAAUUUCAUAAUCAUUAUAAUUGAUUACAACAGGAUGAGGGAGAUAAAGUAAUAAAACCCACCCUUCCAAAAACAAAAAACACAACUAGUAUAAAGACUAAUUAUUUUCUUCUUAGAGGAGGAGAAAGAAAGACCAAUAAAAGAUCAACAAACUGGACCCUAGCUGUUUGUAUAUAUGUCUCUGUGUGUGUGACACAUAUAUACUUUGACAAGAAAGUUUUGAUCUUUACUGUCUAAUUCUCAUUUGGUUCUUUGAGAAGAUCAUUUCAUUAGAAACUAAGUUCAAGAAUGGUCUGAAAAGGUUGGUUUUUUGCAUGGCGAGUCAAGGAAUUGGAGAAACUGGUUUGACAGAUUCUGGAUCAUCACACCAUAAUCACAAUAUGCCAUAUGCUGUUUAUAGGGGGUUAAAUCCUGCUAGCACAAGCUUCAUGUAUCAUUCUACUCCCAAUGGUAAUCAAGAAGGAGCUGGUUUUGAUUUUGGAGAGCUAGAAGAAGCUUUUGUACUGCAAGGAUUUAAGAUGAGUAAUGAUGAAGCUAAAGCAUCUUUAUAUGCAGCAGCAGCCACAGGGAAGCCUGCUGCAACUUUGGAGAUGUUCCCUUCUUGGCCUAUGAGAUACCAACAGACCCCAAGAGAAAACUCAAAAUCAAGAGAAGAAAGUACUGAUUCAGGUUCACUUUCAAGUAGAGCUCAACCCCAUUUUGAGCCAGAAUCUCCCAUCAGUAGAAAAGCAUCUUCAGACCAUCAACUUCAGAUAACACACAAAUCUCAAGAACAGCAACAGCUUCAAGAUAUGGCAAGUAAUAAUAAUCCAAGAACAGGAGUUUUACAAACUGAACUAUCUUCCAAGUCCAACAGUGAAAAGAAAAAAGGUGCUGCUUCAACCUCAGAGAGGGUACUUGAUCCUAAGACAUUGAGACGUUUAGCUCAAAAUAGAGAAGCAGCAAAGAAAAGCAGGAUAAGAAAAAAGGCUUAUGUACAACAGCUAGAAACAAGUAGGAUAAGACUUUCUCAGCUAGAACAAGAACUUCAAAGGGCUAGCUCUCAGGGGAUUUUCUUGGGAGGUGGUACUGCUGCUGGUUCCAAUAUCAGCUCUGGUGCUGCAAUAUUUGAUAUGGAAUAUUCAAGGUGGUUGGAUGAUGAUCAUAGGCACAUAGCCGAGCUUCGAACUGCAUUACAAGCACAUUUAUCAGAUGGUGAUCUUAGAUUAAUAGUUGAUGGAUACCUUGCUCAUUACGACGAAAUUUUCAGCCUAAAGGGUGUGGCAGCAAAAUCUGAUGUAUUUCACCUAAUCACUGGAACGUGGACAACUCCAGCUGAACGCUGCUUCCUUUGGAUGGGUGGUUUUAGGCCCUCUGAGCUUAUCAAGAUGUUGAUAGGACAAUUAGACCCUUUAACAGAGCAACAAGUAGUUGGAAUAUACAGCCUCCAACAAUCUUCCCAACAGGCAGAGGAAGCUCUUUCACAGGGACUAGAACAACUACAACAAUCUUUAAUUGAUACCAUUGCCACUGCUUCUCUCCAUGAUGGAAUGCAUCAUAUGGCUCUUGCAUUGGGGAAACUCUCCAAUCUUGAAGGAUUUGUUCGUCAGGCUGAUAAUUUGAGACAACAAACAUUGCAUCAAUUACACAGAAUAUUAACAGUUAGACAAGCAGCCAGAUGUUUCUUGGUGAUCGGAGAAUAUUAUGGUCGACUACGAGCUUUAAGUUCUCUAUGGUUAUCUCGUCCACGAGAGACGCUGAUCGCGGAUGAUAAUUCUUGUCAAACAAUAACGGGAUUACAAAUGGUACAAUCUUCUCAGAACCACUUCUCAAAUUUCUGAUGAUAAAUCUCUUCAUGAUGAUCAAAUUGUAUUUCUGAGAGCUACCUACUUAGUUAAGUAGAUUUUAUUUUUUCAUUUUUGUUGUUAGCUUCUUGAUAUUAUGACUAAGUUAUCAUGUAAAUGUAAGGAAUCAAGAUUAUGUGCAAGAGGAAGUUACCUUUAGGGUCUGUUGGUUCAAAAA